ACAUACAGAUUAGAAAUUAAUGAUGAUAGCGGGUCGAUGAGAGAAACUUUUCUUCAUCUGAACAUCGAAGUGCCGGUGUCCUCAGUGAAUGUGACAGCAAACUGCUUAUCCAUUCCACAAAGGAAAGUGUUCUGUACUGCUGAGGGAGACGAGCUUCAGUACUGGUGGAUUGUGGAAUCGAUGGUUCCACAUGAACUGGACAAAGAGAACCCAACCCUCUGGGUGGAUAAAGACUCCACUGGAAGCUUCACCUGCCAUGUAAAGAAUCACGUCAGCACUGAAAACAAAACCUUUAAUCUACAGCCGUGUCCCGGUUCUCUGUACCAAGAUCCUGCUGUCUGUAAAUUCUCCCCUGAUGAUCAGCAUGUUCCAUGUUAUGCUGCUCUUGGACGACGACUUCACCUGGAUCCUCCUCAGAACCUGCCCAGGAAUUUUCAGUUUACACUAAUGAAGAUCAACAAGCCAUCUGAUCAAAUAAUAUUAGAUUAUAAAACAUACUCAAAGAAGUUAACUGUAAUUGUACAAGGGUGGCAGUUUAAUAUUAAUAAUUAUACAAUAAUAAUAAAUCAUACAGAGAAAAGUGACUCAGCAACAUACAGAUUAGAAAUCACUGAUAAUAACGGGAUGACCAGAGAAACUUCAAUUCAUCUGAACAUUGAAGCGCCGGUGUCCUCGGUGACCGUGACAGAAAACUGCUUAUCCAUUCCACAAAGGAAAGUGUUCUGUACUGCUGAUGGAGACGAGCUUCAGUACUGGUGGACUGUGGAAUUGUCAUUUCCACAUGGACUGGACAAAGAGAACCAAACCCUCCUGCUGGAUAAAAACUCUACUGGAAGCUUCACCUGCCAUGUAAAGAAUCACAUCAGCUCUGAAACCAGAACCUUUAAUCUACAGCCGUGUCCCACAGCGUUUUCGGUGUUUGUGACGGUGUGGAUUUUUCAGAUCAUCGUCCUGCUCUCAUUUAACGUCCUCUAGAUUUAUACCUCAGCUUCACUGUUCAGUGUUUACUGUUGGAGGUGUUUAAUCAUGUUCAUGUAUUCCUGCAUCCUUCUGCUUCUGCUGAUCUUCAUUCAUUAAUACAUCAUGUGAUAACGCUUCUGUAACGUUCAGUGCUGUUUUAAAUAAAACUCAG